AUGGCGUGGAUUCAAAAUCUGAAGAACUGGCAGAGACUCCAGGACUCAGCAGAGUAUAUGAAACAGAUCUAUGGAGACCCACAAGCGUAUCUUCAUGCUGAUACGACAAAAUUCGUUACCGAACGAGAAUAUUAUGGUGAUUUUGGAUAUGGAGAAUGUUUCAACUCGUCCGAAUCAGGUGUCCAGUGUGAAAUAAUCACAGGAAAAUUCGAUCCCAAACUUUUACCAUAUGACAAACGGAUGGCAUGGCAUUUCAAGGAAUUCUGCUAUAAGACAUCGGCUCAUGGAAUUCCAAUGAUUGGACAGGCACCGAAUCGUUAUUACAGAACCGUCUGGGUAAUAUUGUUUCUUGGAUGUAUGACAAUGUUAUAUAUGAAUGCACAAAGUGUAUUGGACAAGUACAAUAGGAACGAAAAAAUCGUCGACAUUCAAUUGAAAUUCGACACGGCUCCAUUUCCUGCUAUAACGCUGUGCAAUCUGAAUCCCUACAAAGCCAGUCUUGCAACCAGUGUCGAUUUAGUGAAGAGAACGCUGACAGCUUUCGAUGGUGCCAUGGAAAAGGCCGGAGGAAAGCAGGAUAAAGAUCCGGAUGCCGCAUCAGGUGCUUCCACGGCAUCUCCGAAGGCGAAGCGUUCUGUUGGCCUUCAUGGGACAUUCUUCGAACCGGGCUAUGCUCGAUGCCUCUGUGGGAAAACAUCAAGUGAAAUGGACGAUUUCCUCGAUGAAAAAGCGGAUGCUGGAAAGACGACGAGAGGCUUCAAGAAGAAUCAACGUGAUUCAGAGGACCAAGAGCUUGAAUAUGGCCAAGAAGAUUAUUAUCCUGAAAGUACAACUGGAACGAGUGUUAUGGAGGAAUGCAAAUCUGAAAGGACAAAAUUAGACGAACCGACCGGUUACGACGAUCAUUGUAUCUGCGCCUUUGACCGUAAUACUAACGACGCUUGGCCAUGCUUCCUGAAGGACGCAUGGGAAUCGACGGAAUGCGACACAUGCAAUGAGCAUGCUUUCUGUACAAAAGAUAACAAAACAUCUACGGGCCACAAAUCGCCGUGUUUGUGCGCACCAUCACGUUUUUGUGUCGCCUACAAUGGUAAAACACCGCCGAUUGAAAUUUGGACUUAUUUGAAAGGAGGACCACCAACAGAAGAUCCGAAUUUCUUGGAAGCAAUGGGUUUCCAGGGAAUGACCGAUGAGGUUGCAAUUGUGACGAAAGCCAAAGAAAAUAUUAUGUUUGCUAUGGCCACGUUGUCUAUGGAAGCUCGUGAGAAGCUAUCUACGACAAAGAGAGAACUGGUUCAAAAAUGUUCCUUCAAUGGAAAAGCCUGUGAUAUCGAUGGAGACUUUCUCACUCAUAUCGAUCCAGUGUUCGGCGCGUGCUUCACCUACAAUCACAAUAGAACAGUCAAUUUGACGAGUAUCAGAGCAGGUACGAUUUUCUCUGAGCUUAUCCUCACUCAUGCUAUCACAGGUCCCAUGUAUGGAUUGCGUAUGUUGGUGUAUGUAAAUGCGUCGGACUACAUGCCAACCACUGAAGCCACCGGUGUCCGUCUGACCAUCCAUGACAAGGAAGAGUUUCCGUUCCCAGACACAUUUGGCUAUUCCGCCCCCACCGGCUACGUAUCAUCGUUUGGACUGCGAUUGCGAAAAAUGACACGUCUUCCUGCACCCUAUGGGGAUUGCGUUCCAGAUGGAAGAACUGCUGACUAUAUUUACAAGAAUUACGAGUAUUCGGUUGAGGGCUGCUAUCGAUCGUGCUUUCAACAACUUGUUCUCAAGGAGUGUAAAUGUGGCGAUCCACGGUUUCCAGUACCGGAAGGUGUGAAGCAUUGCGAAGCAGCCGAUCCAGUUGCCAGAAAAUGUCUUGAUGCGCGAAUGAACGAGUUGGGAGGACUUCAUGGUUCAUUCAGAUGCAGGUGCCAACAACCAUGUAGGCAGUCGAUCUAUUCGGUAACAUAUUCACCAGCAAAAUGGCCAUCGCUCUCAUUACAAAUCCAAUUAGGCUCAUGCAACGGGACGAACGCCGAAUGUAACAAACACUACAAAGAAAACGGCGCUAUGGUGGAAGUAUUUUACGAGCAAUUAAACUUCGAAAUGCUCACCGAAUCUGAAGCCUAUGGUUUCGUCAAUCUUCUUGCCGAUUUUGGUGGUCAGCUCGGACUAUGGUGCGGAAUAUCAUUUCUGACGUGUUGCGAAUUUGUUUUCCUUUUCAUCGAGACAACCUACAUGAGCGCAGAACACAACUGGGCACUCUAUAAAAAGAAAAAGGCAGAGAAAGAAAAACAAAAGGGACUAAUUUGA